CAUCACAAUAUAAUCUUGCUUGACACUAUCUGGAUAAAAAAACAGAACUGACCAUGAAGUCUACUACUGCCAUCAUGCUGAUUUGCACCUUAACUACAAGCUAUGCUAACGCAUUCGUCGCCCCAGAGAAGGCUUUCGAUAGCGACUUUAUGCUGAACAUGCCGCAGCUGACAGGACCAGGUGGAGGUUUGAAGCUCACAGUAGGCGAUAAUGAUAUGCCUAAGUCUUCCGGAGGUGGAGCUCCUGGAAAUUGGCCCGAUAUCAACGGGGUUGGUAUGAGUACGCUUGCAAUCCGUCUCAAUGAAUGUGGUGCAGUUGCACCUCACGUUCACUCAGAUGCAACUGAGUUCCAGACGGUUGUCAUGGGUGAAGGCAUCAUCGGUACUUACGGAGUGGGUGACAACAUGCUGAGACUAGAGCACGUCACAAUGGGAGAUACAUUCUUCUUCCCUAGAGGCAGUAUGCAUUUUCAGAUUAACACUGGGACUGGGCCAUUCGUUUCUGUAGGUGCUUUCGAUGUUUCACAGCCAACUGCAGCUCUAGUGAUUGGGUUUGUCGGACAGCUUGGCGAUGCCAAGAAAGCAUUGGGAUUGGAUACCGAUUCAGGUACAGUUGCCGAUGGUCUUGACGGUGUCUUCCCACAAUUCAAGAUGUCCAACUGUGAGGAGGUCCUUGAGAUGUUUAUGGCUAUGAUGUAGCCGAAUGUGUAUUUCGAAGGCAAUACAGACAACCACGCACACUAGGUAGUCGAGAAAACGUUUGAAAAAAUCAUCACAACCUUAAUAAAAAUACAAUAGACGUG